GAGCCGCGUUAGUGGUUUAUUUUCGUCGUCGGCGGCGGUCAACGGUCGUGGUCAUACGCACGCACAGGAACACGCGCUGGAACCCGGCGCAGCUUCUCUACAGUCUCCAAAUCCGGGCCCCCCGCCAAGGGGGCAAGCGCAAACGUAAAGUGAGCACGUGUGUUGUCCCUACUAUUUCGAAUCCGCGUUGGGCCGGCAAAGUACAGUCUCCUCGCACGCACCUCCCUAUAGAGUGACCGCCGCGUGUGUGCAUGUGUGUGUGUGUCCGCGGUGAAGCAACAGUCCAAAAAAGAAAGUUUUUGAUCCGAUUAAAGCCGAGAAUGGAAGCGGGAAGAAUGUUUUGGUUUUUUGCCGCAUUGCGCGUCGCUUCGGUGUUCCUUGUGGCGACUUUUUUCGCGCCGGACGAGUACUGGCAGAGUCUGGAGGUUGCGCACCGUUUGGCCUUUGGAUAUGGCCACUUGACAUGGGAAUGGACCGCUGGCAUCAGAAGCUACCUGUAUCCGGUGUUCAUUGCCGGGCUGUACAAACUGCUGGCCCUGCUCAGUCUGGAUUCCGUGGAGCUGCUCACCAUCUUGCCGCGUGUCCUGCAGGCGUUGCUCAGCGCGUACGCCGACUAUCGGUUCUACGUGUGGUCAAACAAGAGCAAGUGGUCCGUCUUUCUGCUCGCCACCUCCUGGUGCUGGUUCUACGUCGCAUCCCGCACGAUGGCCAACACGCUCGAAACGGCCGUUACGAUGAUCGCACUCAGCUUCUUCCCGUGGGCCUCGGAGUCUACCACGUUCCUGGUGCCCGUGGCGGUGUCGUUCUUUCUACGGCCCACUUCCGUCAUUCCCUGGGUACCGCUGUGUGUGUAUCACAUCAAAAAGUCUUCCCACCCAACCUGGGAACUGCUGCUGAAACGGUACCUUCUUGUCGGGCUGCUGGUCGGAGUGGUAAACAUCGCCGUCGACAGCUACUUCCACGGUGCGUUCGUCGUUACGGCCUACGAAUUCCUUCAUCAUAACGUGCUGCAGGGCGUUGGAAGUUUCUACGGCGAGCACCCGUGGUACUGGUACGUGUCCACCGGCUUGCCCAUCGUGCUCGGGGUCGGAAUCGUCCCGUUUGCCCUGGCGUGCUACGACACGGUACGCAACCGCCGGGUGUACCCGCAACGCAUGGUGUUGCUUUCGUCCGUCCUGUCCACGGUGGUGGUGUACUCGGUGCUUUCGCACAAAGAAUUCCGCUUCCUACUGCAGGUCCUGCCAAUGUGUCUGUUUGUAUCGGCCGAUUAUCUCUCGCGCUGGAGUCGCAAAGCAUCGAGCAAACUGAUUUGGUUCGUGGCGCUCUUCAUAGUGACCGUCAACGGGCUGAUGGCAGGGUACUUCGGACUCGUCCAUCAGCGCGGCACACUGGACGUGGCAUCUUACCUCGGGUCGACCACCGGCGAGUAUCGCGAUGAGUACCGAAAUGAAGCGAAAAUCCUGUUCCUCAUGCCGUGCCACUCGACCCCGUUCUACAGUCACGUGCAUCAGAACGUGACGAUGCGUUUCUUGCGCUGCGAGCCGAAUCUACAGGGACAGGAGAACUACGUCGACGAGGCGGACCAGUUCUACGGCAAUCCGAUGGGAUGGAUCCGUCGGAAUCUGCCAGUUCAUCCGCGCAGCGCUCUCCCGACGCACGUCGUUGCGUUCGAUGUGCUUGAGCCGCAAAUCAAGGAUUUCUUGUCGAUCUACCACGAGAAAGCUUCCUUCUUCCAUACGGACUAUCCCACGGAACGGGUCGGCCAGUACGUAAAGGUGUACGAACGGUUCGACCCGAAUGCUGCUCCUACGACGACCACCACCACGGCUGCUCCGUCUUCAGCUGCGGAGGACGAUGACCAACAGUACAAUCCCGACGACGAAGAGGCUGUGUAG